CCCCGUACACCUCGGAGGAGAUGGCAGCCCAUCAAAAGGCUGCAACAAAGACUUAUGUUGUGUAUUUAGAUAUAAGAAUCACAGACACCUUAAAACAAGACAACAAAACAUCUAUUCACAGGACUGCUAUUGUGGUGUGGCUCUUGGCUGUGUCAUGCACAGACAGAAUAGCAACAAAGACAAUCCAGAAUAUCAGUGUCUCUCUGGGGCAGGAUGUGAUGUUGCCAUGCCCUUGCUCUGAAGACACUAAGAAGCUGAUAUGGCAGAUUGGCGAGGAGAUAGUUGUGAACCAUUGUUGUCAGAUGAAAGAUCCAGUAAAUAAGUCCUAUGUAAAUAGGACCAAAGUCUUCCUGUCAUUUACAAAAGGAAACUGUUCAUUACUUCUCCAUCAUGCCAUCAUGACUGAUAUGCAGACAUUUACAUGUUAUAUUCUUGAUGGGGAAAAAAACCUACAAUGGCAUAAAGUUGAACUGAAAUUUAAAGAUGUGAACCAAACUGAGCCAUACCCUCUGACUUCUCUCCCUACCCAAGGGAGUUACACUGGAUUUUCAGUUGGAGUUCCCUUAUCACUGAUGCUGGUACUCCUGGGUGGACUGAUUGUGGCACUUGUGCUGAUGAGAAAGCAUAAGCAAAGAAGGCUAAGAAUGGUGGUGGUCCAGGAUCCACAAGCAUAACUGCCUAUAAUGAACCACACUUCUGUGUGACCAGUAACAUGAUGCAUUCUGGUGAGCCAGUAAUUACGGCAUCACCUCACUGUGAAGACCACUUGGAAAAUGAUCUGGUCACCAAUACAGGGCAUUAGAAAUCUGUAGACAUAUCAGUAUCUGAGAAAUUAUUUUUACUGUUGUUGUUCACUGUAAUACAUUCCUUGUGUGUUUAAAUGUAUACAUAUAUUUCAACAGUUUUACAUUUACAUGCAUAUAACUGGCAGAUACCUGCAUGCAAAGUUAUUUAAUAGUGAGACAGAAUCCAAAGUAAAAUAUCAAGUUGUCAGGCUCCUGAGUGGUGAAAAACAAACAAAGCAAAACGUUCAUCCUGCCAUCUGGAGAUUUCAAACCCAUUGAUCCAUCCAUCCAUUAUCUGUAGCCACUUAUCCUGUCCUACAGGGUUGCAGGCAAGCUGGAGCCUAUCCCAGCUGACUAUGGGCGAGAGGCGGAGUACACCCUGGACAGGUUAUCGCCAGGUUAUCGCAGGGCUGACACAGAGACAAACAAGCAUUCACACCUACGGUCAAUUUAGAGCCACCAAUUAACCUAACCUGCAUGUCUUUGGACUGUGGGGGAAACCGGAGCACCCGGAGGAAACCCACACAGACACAGGAAGAACAUGCAAACUCCACACAGAAAGGCCCUCGCCAGCCGCUGGGCUCGAGCCCAGGACCUUCUUGCUGUGAGGUGACAGUGCUAACCACUACACCACUGCGCCGCCCACUAGUUCAAACCCUGAUGUGGAAUAGGGUGAAUCCUCUGUAUGUGGAAGAGGGCAAAUAGAUCUAUCCUCAUGUUUCUUGAAGGUAGCAAGUGCUAUCUUUUACCCUCAUAUUAUAGGGAAGAGCUGACUGGAGGCUGGGAAUUGGCCAUGAAACAAAACCAUUGAUCUGUCAGUGGAAAUGAAAGUGCUGCAAGUGUUGUUAUAUCAACAAGAAAGUGUUGUUAUAAUCAACAAUAAAAACAGAAAAACAAAUGUAGGGAUUUACCAAUCUUAUAUUUAGUAUUUUCAUAACCAGUAUUGAAUUGGGUUUAAUAUAUUUUCUAGUCCACUGCCAUAUUGUAUUCCAUCAAUGGCCCUGUGAAUGGCACUUUAACGGAUAUACGCAGAACCUUUAUUUUUAAGUACAUUUCUGAGUGGAUAGUAUCUCCAUCCUUGACUCUUGUAUGCUGCAUAAUUGGGAAUAAAAAAAUAUAUAUUUUUGAGAGUUAAAAUCGACUGCAAAGUUGGCAUUCGAGCUGCCCCCACUGAGACAUCUAGCCCUGGGUGGGGCUAUAGACCAAAGCCAGACUCGGCAGGCGAUAGCGGUUGCAAUGGCCUCUUCGUUCGGAUUUAUUGGAGAUUCUUCAGAUUCCUCAGAUAGUAAUCUAUUGGACUGUGAUAGUCCUGAAAUUGGAGUGUGUGUACAUGCUACUGCUAUACAUGUAGAACCGUAUCAGCUCGAACCGUCUGAAAGUGAAUCCAAUAGUAACACAUCGGCCACGGAGGCCCCAACCUUACGAAAUAAAGCCAGAGAACAAAGCUGUCUAGAGAAUUGGAAAUAAUUGAACUGAUAGUCUCAUGUGACUCUUAUUAAAACAGGAUAGGCGUUAUAACUUAUGCAACAUACAUGUACAUGCAUGCAUUUUCACUGAUAAAACGUAAAAGGCUAAUUAAAUAAUCAGAUGAACUGAGACAAUCACAUUCUGACGCAAAUUAAAUAAUCUUAUACCAGUAACUUAAACACACAAUACAAGUUACAUGUAUUAAUCUAAAUGCAGGUAAACAACGAGUGGUGUUUUUCUUAUGUAGCCAAAUGAGAGAGUCACGUCUUACCUGUCUGUGUUCUCACUUUUGAAGGCCGAGCUUGUGGCCGAUUGUUUUAAAACAAUCUGACUUUCAGUUCUUCAUUCAUUCACUUCUUCCACGUAAGGGUGAGAUAUUGCUGCUGAGGCAAGCGUAUCCAGCGGGGGAAAAAAAGAGCGUAUCCAGUGGAGAAGUCUGAUGACUGAUCCACUCAUUCUCCAUACUGAGUACUCCACCAUUACUGCUCGGCUCACACUCCGGGAGAACUGGUGCAACUGAACUUACUUUCCUUUUCUUUUAGUCUUCUUUUCUUAAUUAUUGGUGCUGCACCCUCUUUCAAUAUGGGCUUAUAGCCAACGUUCCUCAACAGAUCAGCGGUUUCAUACUGAAAGUCCCUCUGAGUUACAUGUUGGUCCUGGGAUUGAGAUGCUGGCCUCUUCUGCCCCUCGGGCCUGCUUGGUCCAUCCUGGUGCCCUGUGUCUGGUCGGAGUUUUAUCGCAUUGCUCCUGUGAAGGACGGCCCCAUGAGGAUAGUUGAGGGUUAUACCUGGAGGAUGCUCUGGACUCUUACAGUAAUGCUUUUAUGGCUGAGGACUACAGUUGUCUUGCUAACUUUAGGACUGCAGUUAUCAUGAACAGUUUUGCACUCAAGUUUCCAUCAAUGAAGAGCUGUAACAUCAACGAAACUGUCCUCAUGUUAAAACUGUUAAUAUUAUAGUCAGGCUGUCUGUUGUUGCCCAAAUGAGGAUGGGUUCCCUUUCGAGUCUGGUUCCUCUCGAGGUUUCUUCCUCAUGUCGUCUGAGGGAGUUUUUCCUUGCCACCGUCGCCACAGGCUUGCUCAUUGGGGAUAGAUUAGGGAUAAAAUUAGCUCAUGUUUUAAGUCGUUAAAAUUCUGUAAAGCCGCUUUGCGACAAUGUUUAUUGUUAAAAGCGCUAUACAAAUAAACUUGACUUGACUUGACUUUCAUAUGAGUCCUCGGUAAAAUGUGCAGAGUAGAGGAGAGACCACUUCGUAGGCGCCAAUCCGUGAAUUUCUCGCAAAAUGCAUCCAAGUCUUUGCAGUUUGAACAUUCUUGGGCUAUGAGUGCAACAUAAAUCCACCUUCUGUCGUGUUGCUGCACCCGCCAGCAAUGCAUCCAUGUGGCAUGGCAAUAAAUUAGCUCAAAAUGGAGGAUCGGAGUUGCAGUCAGCUAUGUGUUUUAGUAUAGUGGAAAUGGCGAUGAGACCAAUAGACUUCCUGUUGUGACAGAUCAUUCACUCAGACCACUACCUAGAUUAAUCAUUUUAAUCAUAAAAAUGACAAUAUUAGAUUUAUUGUUAACGCUUAAAACUAUUCCUAUGCCAUUCUUGAGGUCUCAAGGCAUUUAUAAACUAAAAGUGAGGCCAUGGUUCUGCGUAUAUGCUUUAAGCUCUGUAGUCCCCCUCCAUGUCUGCACUUUGAUAACAUUGUCUGGGGUGAAAAUAUGGUCCAUGAGUGACUCGACACAAGGGUGUAAAAGUGGGCAAUUGGGAGAGUCCCCAAGGCUUCAUUCCAGUUGUGUUCAGCACAAUGCUUUCACAAUAGCGUGACAUUCAGUGAUAUUGGCAGAGUGUCACGAAACUGCACACCCAUUUUUGAAUGUGAUGACUAAUACAAUUUUAAUUUUUGUUUCCAUUUGGAGAAGAAAGCAUAAAGUCUCUAAUAAUUUUGUCACUACAUGGUGGUGUAGUGGUUAGCACUGUCACCUCACAGCAAGAAGGUUCUGGGUUCAACGGGGUCCUUUCUGUGUGGCGUUUGCAUGUUCUCCCCGUGUCUGUGUGGGUUUCCUCUGGGUGCUCCGGUUUUCCCCACAGUUCAAAGACGUGGUUAGGUUAAUAUGGGGCUAGCCUCGGGCUGAAGUGCACUUGAGCAAGGCAUCUAACACCCAACUGCUUUGGGUAUGUGUGUGUGCUCAUUGCUCAUGUGUGUGCAUGUGUGUGUUCACUGCUUCAUAUGAGAGAGGAAUUUCACUGAGCUUGAGUGUACAUGUGAUAAAUAAAGUUGCUCUUCUUCUAAAACCAAAUUACAUAAGAUCACAGUGACAAAUUUGGAGGGUGAAAUCAGCUGAUUGCACUCGGUAGAUAAUUAUGGAAAGAUGUACAGACUAUAACAUUACAUUACAGUCAUUUAGCAGAUGCUCUUAUCCAGAGCGACAUACAACAUACCCAGAGCAGCCUGGGGAGCAGUUGGAGGUUAGGUGCCUUGCUCAAGGGUACUUCAGCCAUUCCUGCUGGUUCAGGGAAUUGAACCAGCAACCUUUUGGUCCUCUAACCAUGAGGCCAUGGCUUCCCACCCUAUAAGCAUAAAUGACACAUUCACUAUUCACAUUCAGUUUAAUCAAAAUAUUAUUCCAACGCUACUUCACGACAAUAACAAAUUAAUAACAAAAGUCCCUUUAGGAUUCUGCCUUGCCUUGCUCUCAACAAAACCAUCCACUGUGAUUCGUCCUUGUAAAUAACCACAAAAUUGUUUUGGGUAAUAACCCACUGCUGAAUUUGCAACAAUGCAGAUCUCACCAAAGAGUGCAGUAAGUGCAUAUACAAAAGUAUAAAAUGAGAACCAGGACAUGCAAUGACCUCACUGACUUCCAGACAUGUGCAUAUGAGGCUGCAGUUAUGCUGAUCUGAACAGUGCCAGUGGGUGAGAUGCUGAUUGAUAGGAUGCAUAAUCUUUGCAAAAUUAAUACUUAUGGACACAUUUCCCCAGUAAUAAUCUCAGUGAAACUAAAGUAAGCUUGGUUUUCUCCAAGGCAGAAAGCUCAGAAAAGGAAAAACAAGUAUCAGUGUUGACGUCUAAAUGAAUAGGUUGAACAAGAUGAGAACAGGAGAGCAUUUUCAGCAUGCUUCUGUUUCCUUUUAACUGUGUACUUUUAUAAUUUUUUAUUUUAUGUCAGUAAACCUCCCUUCACAAAAAUUAGGCUAAGAUUGAUAGAAACAACAGAUAAACAAGUAAAAGAGAGCAAAUCAGCUCUUGUUUAUUCAGGGAGAACAAUGGGCUCCACCCUGGACUUCUGUACCAGCUACUGCAUUAUAUUAUACCUAUUAGUUAUAACUUCAAAGGUCACUAGUGCCUGAGAUCUCCUAUCUGUAAACUGUGAAGGAGAUACUAUAUGUGCAAUAGAUUAGACAGCGGCUACCCUGUUUUAUUUAGUGAGUUACUGGCAUUACUUCUGCACUUAAAUCUACACCUGGGCUUGUUUUCUUCUGGUGUGUCUUUAUUUUAAUACUCCCUAUGGGAUAUUUUUGCUUGCUUGUAUUUAAUACAAACACAACACAAAUGUGAAGUGUAUUUUCAUAUGUCUCUAGUGCUAAUAAACUUUACAGUACUUUUCUAUA